AUGAAUCACGAAGAAAUAAAAGCCGUUGUUCAGGAAAAGUUUCUAUCCAGUGAAAAAGUAACGGCAUUUUUGUGCGAUGCCAAAGUUCUCCACCCUGACUGGGUCAAGAAGGAAAGGCUCUUAGCAAUAGUGGAGUACGGAGAUGAGAAAGCCGUAUUUUGUUUAUUUACGUCAUGUUACCCUCCAAAAUCAUUUACCGACUUAUCUGUAGAAAUUGUGCUGCCAGUAGACAAUACUUUUAAAUGUGAAAUUGACAACAAACCCUCAGAUCCUGAAGCAAUUUUGUACCUGAACCUACAGUCUCGUAAUAAUAAAUUUAAGUUCGAAAUCCAAAUGACUCCUCGUGUUGACAAUUUUGUAGAUGACCUUUUUCGAGGUAUUGAAGCAGUUAACAAGCUGCAAUUACAACCAGAAUUCCUUUGGCUCAAAAAAUAUAAUGGCAAAAAUGAGGAUGAUAUUCUAGCUCACACUAUGGUCGCACCGAGGGGAGGAGUAACUCACAUGCAGAACUCUGCUCCCGUAGCAAUAAGAGAGAGCCUCAUAAAGAGAAAAAUGAGUGACAAAGAGAAUGAUUACACAUUCACCAAAAAAUUUACUGUCUUCUGUGGCACCUGGAACGUCAAUGAUAAAUCACCUGUGAUACCUCUCAAAGGAUGGUUGAGUGUGGAUAAAGAGCCACCUGAUAUAUAUGCCAUAGGUUUUCAGGAGUUAGACUUGUCUAAAGAAACCUUUCUUUUUGAUCAAACUGCAAGAGAAGAUGAAUGGUAUAAUGCUGUAUUAAAUUAUGUUGAUAGGAGAGCUAAAUACGUUAAAGUUGAAAAGGUGAGAUUAGUGGGCAUGCUGCUCAUAGUACUGAUAAAGGAAAAGCACUUUUCACAUGUGCGUAAUGUCAUCUGUGACACGGUGGGUACCGGUAUAAUGGGUAAGAUGGGAAAUAAGGGAGGAGUCUCUAUAAGGCUUGAUUUACAUAAUACAUCCAUCUGUUUUGUCAAUUCCCAUUUGGCUGCACACGUUGAAGAGUAUGAGAGACGAAAUCAAGACUUUAGGGAUAUUUGUAACAGAACGAGAUUCAUACAAACAAACCAACAGCCAAAAGGUAUAAAGGACCAUGAUCACAUUUACUGGCUCGGAGAUCUUAAUUAUCGUAUAACAGAGUUAGAUCCACAGACUGUAAGAAAGCUUGUUAGCGAAAAUAACUUUCUACCUGUCUUGGAACGAGAUCAGUUAAAACAACAGCAUAAAAAUGGUUAUGUAUUCUCUGGUUACACCGAAGGGCCCAUCACAUUUAAACCUACAUACAAAUAUGACCCUGGCACGGACAACUGGGACUCCAGUGAAAAGAACAGGGCACCUGCCUGGUGUGAUAGAAUAUUUUGGAAAGGAAAUAAUAUUAUGCAGUUAGCGUACAGAAGUCAUCCACCGUUAAAUAUAAGUGAUCACAAACCUGUAUCGGCUAUAUUUGUGUCCGAAAUAAAAAUAAUAGAUGAAGAGAAGUAUAGAAAAGUUUAUGAAGAGGUGAUCAAACAGUUAGAUAAACUGGAAAAUGAAUUGAUACCACAAGUUAAAGUGGACAUCACGGAUAUUGAUUUCGGAACAGUUAAGUACUUGGAGCUGCAAGUAAGGACUAUUACUAUUAAGAACACUGGCAAAUUGCCAGUGGAGUUUGAAUUUAUUAAAAAAUUGGAUGAGGCAAGUUUUUGCAAGGAAUGGCUGAUUGUUGAACCAUACAAGAAAUGUAUCUGUGCUGAUGAGACUUGUGAAAUUCAACUGAAGGUGCUUAUAAAUAAGACGUCUGCUUGCAAAAUGAAUGCUGGAAUUGACAAAUUAUAUGAUAUAUUAGUGUUACACUUGUAUGGCGGCAAGGAUAUAUUUAUUACAGUCAAUGGAACCUAUGAGAGAAGCUGUUUUGGAUGUUCCAUUGAGGUUUUAGUUAAUUUAAACAAACCAGUCAGAGAAAUUCCAGUCGGGAAACUCAUUGAGCUGGAGAGUAAGAGAGACCAAUGCAUUUCUAAUCAUUCGACAUAUUCUAUACCCAAAGAAAUUUGGUUUCUUGUUGACCACAUUUACCUUCAUGGCCUGAAGGAGCCUAAUCUGUUUGAACAGCCCGGCCUGCACUCUGAAGUUUUACAAAUAAGGGACUGGCUGGAUACUGGGUCUAUAGAUCCAAUACCUGGCAGCAUUCAUUCAGUUGCUGAGGCUCUACUGCUUCUGCUGGAAAGUACAGCAGACCCAAUAAUCCCAUACAAUCUUCAGUCAGUAUGUCUUAGGGCCUCCGCCAACUAUCUUCAGUGCAAACAAAUAAUAAUGGAAUUGCCAGAAUUUAGAAAGAAUGUUUUUCUGUAUUUGUGUGAAUUCUUACAGGAGGCGUUGCAGCAUAGCGCAGAGAAUGGUCUGGAUUCAAAGACUCUGUCGACACUGUUCGGUGCUAUAUUCCUGAGGGACAACCCCAAUGUGAUCCAGGAACCGCAGUCCAGAAUAAAUAAGCAAGUUAUUGACAAGAAGAAAGCACAUUUUGUGUAUCAUUUCUUAACAAAUGACCACAGUGAUUUAAUAUUUGCAAGAUAG